ACCGUCUCGUUAGUUCCCGUUGUGAGUCGAGCCAGCUCAGGUUUGUAGCUGUUGUUGCUUCUUGUGUGUGUGACAGAUUCGAGGCUAACCCUCGGCUCUGUUUGCUGUUUACACCGGACUCCCGAGGGGAAACCGAGCCUGGACUGCCAGAACUGAACACUAACGGUAGAAAUGGAGUCUCAGGGCAGAGACGAAAUGAAGGGGCCAGUGCUGCACAUCGUGGUGGUUGGAUUUCACCAUAAGAAGGGCUGUCAGGUUGAGUUCUCGUACCCCCCGCUGAUGCCAAACGAGGGUCACGACAGCAGCCUGCUGCCGGAGGAGUGGAAGUACCUCCCUUUCCUGGCUCUGCCCGAUGGAGCCCACAACUACCAGGAAGACACUGUGUAUUUUCACCUGCCGCCUCUCAGUGGAGACAUGAAGUGCGUCUAUGGAGUGUCCUGUUAUCGCCAAAUAGAAGCAAAGGCCCUGAAGGUCCGACAGGCGGACGUUACCAGGGAGACGGUCCAGAAGAGCGUCUGUGUCCUCAGUCGAGUGCCUCUCUACGGUUUGCUCCAAGCUAAGCUGCAGCUCAUCACACACGCUUACUUCGAGGAGAAAGAUUUCUCCCAGAUCUCCAUCCUGAAGGAGCUGUAUGAGCACAUGAACGGCUCCCUGAGGGGCUCCGCUCUGGAGGGGUCGCAGGUUUAUCUCGGUUUAUCACCAAGAGAUCUCAUCCUGCACUUUCAAAACAAGGUUCUCAUCCUCUUCAAGCUCAUUCUGUUGGAGAAGAAGGUCCUAUUCUAUGUUUCUCCUGUAAACAGGCUGGUUGGAGCGCUGAUGACGGUUCUGUCACUUUUUCCGGGUAUGAUCGAACACGGCCUGGUGGAUUCGUCGCACUACAAACCAAAGAGCAGCGUGUCAGACGACCUGAGUCUGGUGGAGAGCGCCUUGGGAGCCGAGGAGUUCGUCUCCGUGUCCGUCACCGACAUCGCCCACGCCAACAUGGAGGCCACCCAGCCGGCUGCGGAGUCUCUGUCGUCGGGGAACAACGUGGAGGGCGACAGCAACCACCUCAAACCGCCGUCACGCACCUCUCCAGAGUCUUCAGAGAGCGACUGGGAGACGCUGGACCCCAGCGUGUUGGGGGAACCCAAAGAACCUGCAGCUGGCAGCAGCGGGUCGGAUAUGCUGGACGCCUUCGACUCCAAACCAGGAACUCCGAUCACGAUGCAGCCGCUGGGGGUCAGCGGUCAGGGAGGGAUCAUCCAGGGUUUGGUGUCGGGUCUGGAGGAGGAUCAGUACGGCUUGCCGCUCCCCAUCUUCACUAAGGGUUACCUGUGCCUGCCUUAUAUGGCUCUGCAGCAGCAUCACCUCUUGUCAGACGUCACAGUUCGAGGCUUCGUUGCCGGGGCGACCAACAUCCUUUUCCGCCAGCAGAGGCACCUCAGUGACGCCAUCGUUGAAGUGGAGGAAGCUCGGAUCCAUAUCCAGGACCCAGAACUACGAAAGAUCCUGAGCCUGACGACGGCUGACCUGCGCUUUGCAGAUUACCUGGUGAAACACGUGACAGAGAACAGAGACGACGUGUUCCUGGACGGGACGGGCUGGGAGGGAGGAGACGAGUGGAUCAGAGCCCAGUUCACCCUCUACCUGCACUCCUUACUCUCCUCUGCGCUACAGCAAGAUAAUGAGAGGCUGCUGGCCGAUUAUGGGGCGCCGUUCAUUGGAGCGUGGAAAAACACCCACAACUUCCGGGUUUGGUUCAGUAACAAACAUCCCGGCAUGACAGCGAUCACUCCAGGCCACCCGUUCCAGGGCCAGUACAGCGUAGGAGACGUGAAACUGCGGCUCUCACAUUCGGUGCAGAACAGCGAGCGAGGGAAAAAAAUCGGAAACGCCAUGAUCACGACCAGCCGCAGCGUGGUCCAAACCGGGAAGGCAGUGGGUCAGUCGGUGGGCGGAGCCUUAACGAGCGCCAAGUCUGCGAUGUCGUCCUGGUUCUCCACGCUGGCUCAGCCUUCACCUUUGACCCCAUCCUCAGGUCCAGAACCGGCCUCCGAGGUGAAGCCAUGACAGUUAGCAUCCAAACGUCCUGCAGCGACUCUUUCCAACUCCUAGCAACGACAGCGGACAGAAAAAACAACGAGUAAAUCUCCGCCAAAUUUUUCAGAAAUUUUGAGAUUAAUCUCAGAAAUUUUCUAGAAAGAGAAGUGACUUUCAGAGGUCAAAUAUUUACUAGAAAUAAAUGUGAAAUUUUUACAUUGAUGUCAGAAAUAUCUGGAAAAAUGUUUGAAAAGUUUAAUCUUUUUUAGAAAACUUACAUUUUGAAAUUAAUUUCUAGAAAAUAGCAAGAACAUUUCUGAGCUCCAAAAUUACAAAGAGAUCGCUGGGGAAGAAAAAUGACAAAUUUUGACAUUAAUCUCAGAAUUUUUCCGGAAAGAACUUGAAAAUUUCUUUGUUUUAAAAGUCAAAAAUCUUUUAGAAAAAAAAUUCACAACUUUCAGAAAUUUUCUAGAAAAACUUAUAAAAUUUCUGGGUUUGAAAAGAAAAGCAUUUCUUAGAAAAAAACUCAAAUUUUGAGAUUAAUUUCUGAAAUUUCCUAGAAAGCACUAAGAAGUUUGAGUUUAAAAAGUGGAAAAUUUCCAAGAAAAAUUUUACAUUUUGAUACUAAUCCCAGAAAUGUUCAAGAAACAAGGACAUUUAUGAGCUCCAAAAAUAAAAAGUUAGUAGAAAAAACCCCGGGAUAUUUCUUCGUUUGUAAAGUGAGAAAUCUAAGAAAAUUUCUAAAAAAUUGACAUUAGUUUUGCAAAUUUUCUAGAGAAACUUUUGAAAUUUCUGGGUUUCAAAAGAAAGACAUUUUCAAGAAAAAAUUCAAAAUUUGAGAUUAGUCUUGAAAAUUUCUGAGCUUUAAAAAUAAAGAUUUCUAGGAAAGAUCACAUUUUGAGCUAUCUCUGAGAAAUUCUGUAGAAAAACAAUUACAUUUCUGAGUUUCAAAAGUUAAAAAUGUUCUAGAAAAAACUUACAUUUUGACAUUAUCCUCUGAAAUUCUUUGGGAAAAUCUUUGAUAUGUAUGAGUUUGGAAAAUCUAAAAUUUCCAAGAGAAAAAACAAAAUGUCACCUUUGUGAUGUAGAUUAAUCACAAAGGUUUCUUGAAAAUUUCAAAAGUAAAAAAUGUUUAACUUUUGGAGCUCAGGAAAUUAUUUGUUUUUUCCAGAAAAUUUCUGAAAUUAAUCAAAAGAAUUUCAGGGUUUUUUGGGUGAAAAUUCACUCCUUUUUUCUGUCUGCAAUGGCCCUGAUGCACCGUCUGACUGUGAAGACUUGGCAUCAGUGGACAGAUUACGGAUGUGAGCAUAAAAACAAUCUCUAGUCAUCAAAUUCAAAUGGGAAUCUGACGGAUAAACCCGGAUUCUGGGCUUUCUGCAGCCCAGCCGUUUGCUGGAUUCACCUGCAGGCGGUAAAUUUACUCUGCAGCCCAAAAUCACUGUGAGGUGGAACCUGGCAGUGCUUUCAUAAAAAACUGAUCAUCUAAGAGGCUUUUUGAGGUUUAACAGUCUCAGUGCUGCAGUUGGUGUUGCUGUGUUCCCUCUUCGUACUUUACAGUUUGUCAACAUUUUGCUGGAAAAGUUAUUUAAAAUGCCUUUUAAAUGGUCGUGGGAUUUUACUCAGCAGCUCGAGUGACUCUUAAAAAAAUGGGAAAAAUUCAAUUUGAAAUUGAUUUUUGUUUCAUCAAUGAUUGUGUUGUGACACUGUGGUUGUUUUAAUUAUGUGAAAUUUAAUCAACUUUCAGUCAUUAAAGUGCAACAGAAACUUCUGUGUUUACAAUAAAUUUAUUAUUUUUACUAAAUUGGAAGAAAAAGGACAAAAAUUCAGGUUUAUCAAUGGUAUGUCAGUAAAUUUGAAAAAUAAAAUGCUUAUUUGAACACUAAGAUCAGGGUUUAUUUUUUUUUGUUUGAUCUUUUGUAUAACAUAAUUAACGAAGGGAUCAAAAAAUUUUUAGCUGGUGAUGUGUGUUUAGAUUUAUACAUAAAUGCACAUAUUUACAAAAGAAUUACCUCAAUUUACUCAGAAACCAGUUAAAAAUCAAAAUUUAACCGAGGAAUUCAAUGACGUUGAUGUUCCUACAAUCAUUAGGUCGUAGAUUUUGUUAGCGUUAGAUGCUAUCCAAAAUGCUAAAUGCUUUAGUAUUUUAUUAUAUAUAUUUUUAUAUAAUAAAUUCCCAUUAUAAACUUCUAAAAAGGGUCAUAUUUAUUUUAGCUAACUUGCAGGUGCUAAAUAAAUUUCUACCAAAUUUCAGUUCUUUGUUUUUUCUUUAAACUUUGAAAUAAAUUAUGAAAAAAAUUGCUCAUCAAAUACAUUUAUAAGUGUAUUUGUUUCAUAAAUAAAAUUAUUAGCAACACAUUUGCUUGUAGGUAGUAAAAACUGACAGCAAGGCUAACAGUUUUGGUAGGAUAAGUAGCUUUAUACAAACAAACAUUUGAUUCAAAACAAAAAUUAUCUCAAAGCAUAAAAACUAUGCAAAAAUGUAAAAGUUGAUACUUUUUAGCAAUUUAAGCCAAUUCAGUUAGCAUUAGCCUGCCAGCUAAAAUGCUAAAUGUCUUGGCUACCUUAACAAAAAAUUUGAAAUGUGUGGUAAGUAACUUUAAAACUUUCCACGUAAUAAGAGCCUAAAAACUGUAAUAAUCAAAUAAUCAAAUAUAUUAUUUGAUUUUAUUAUUUAACACAAAGUCUGUGUUGAUGACGAUUUGUUUGGAUUUUGGUACGUUAUACACACUACACUGUUAUCAGCACUGCUAAUAAGGAAGUGGUUGAAAAUAGCUACUAUUUAUGUUUUAGGGAAGCCUUAUAAUAAAUUUGCUAAUUAUUAUUUUGUAGAUUUUUAUAUAUUAUGUUUUUGGGGUUUUUUUUAACCUGCAAUUUCUUUAUAUAUAUUUUUUCCAGCUCUUGUAUUUAAAGUUGCGUUUAUAUAUUUUUGAAACUGAAAUAUUUAGCGGUUUACAAAGUUUAACCAGUAAGCAGGUCAAUAAUUUAAACUGUAUUACCACUCAAUAAAACCAAAAACAUAGUUUAAAACCAUGCUAAAAUUAAACCUCAGCAUUUUUUGAGUGUUAAAGUGGAUUAAAGGGAUUAUUUUUAUAAAUUUUGCUGCGUUAAAUAGACUUUUAUUUAAAGUGAACAUUGAUGCUGAUACAACCACAGUGCUGCUACAGAAAUCAUUGAGAACAAAAUGAUUUGGUGUAAAAACAUCCUCUGUUGGUAACAUUUCCCAGACCUUUUUCUACUUUUAAAUGAAUAUAUAUAUGAAGAACUAUAUUUACUAAGACCUAAAAUAGCCUGAAGACUUAUUUAUUGAUGUGUAGUGUGUUAUAUCAAAAAGAAAUCUAUCCAUGUUGUGUCAUUAUAACACUGGAACAAGUGGACCACUGUGUUUAUUUGCACAAAGCAGCCAUUAUUGUCUGUGUGGAUCUUUACCUGGUAACUGUACAUUUUGAGGUGCGUUCAGGAUCGCUUCCCUCCAUGCUGCAAACUGUCGUCCAGUGAGCAUGAUCGACCAGUACGUUGUUUUUCCACAUAGUUGUUUGAUUUUAAAUGUUUUCGAUCCUUUGUGCUGUUUUUCUUUUUUUAAUCUGAUAUCUUUUCAUUUUGUAUUUAAACUGAAUGAAUGUAUUGUAAGCUGAAAUAUUUUUCUGGAAGAGAAGGAAGUGAUGAACCAUGUUGCUGUAUUAAAAAUAAGUAAAAGUUGCA